GUGAACGUAAAUAAACAAUCGUGGAGGCAUCACGUUUGCAUGGAUAACACAUUUUAUGAACUAAAUGCGUCUACUGUAGAAUAGUAGUCACGUGACCUCCAUACAGGGCCUGCUGUCUGUUUUCAGUGGAGGGAGAGAUCCGAAGAAAAAUGGCGACUGCAGGCGACCUAAAGCGGGACGCCGGCCAUUCUAUUUGAACUUUCUACUAAAAAUUGAGCCCGGGGCUUGGUGGGGCUAAUUGAGACUAUCGCGACGUUGGUUAGGGUUUCCGAGGGUGCCCGUUUUUUCGGGUUUGCGUGGACUAGUCGCGCGCUAAAAUUGAAAUAAAAAAUAAUACAUCUGCUACAAUGCGAGGGAGAAGAGGAAGGCCGCCUAAACAGGCAGCGGAGAUGCAAGAGGUUUCCCCUGGGCCAGUUCGCGGUUCGAGAGGUAGAGGGAGAGGUAGCCGUGGUAGGGGAAGGGGCCGAGGACGUGGCCGCGGACGAGGUUCGGUGGUGGAUACCGGUGAUACAGAAAUUCAUCGGAGAGAAAACUACCAUUCGUCCAGGGGCCGGGGGAAAGUUGGAGCAGCGACGACAUCGCGGGGCAGAGGAAGAGGCAGGGGUUCGAGAGGCGGUCGCGGCAGCAGGGGGAGACCGCCACUGUGCAAGGUGGUCUACGAUGACAAUAGCGACGAGGAAGAGGAUAAUAUUAGUUUGAGGUCGGAGGAAGACGAACUUUUACACGAGAAUCCCUCAGACUACGAAGAGGAGGCCGUGGACAAUGAGUCCGAUUUUCUGGAAGAAUUACCAGAGGAGGAUGAUGCUAGCUACUGUACAGAGAGCAGCUUUCGGAGCCAUGAUAGCACGCACGGCAGCACUCCAGGCCGGAGGGGCAGACGCCCGCACCGGCCCCGCUCGCCCAUCUUCGAGGCCAAGGAGGUGCCCCCCCUGGAGCUGCCCAAGUCCUCAGAGGACCUUUUGGUGCCGGCCAAUCAGCUCCUCAACAUCUCGGCCGUCUAUGAGGUGCUGCGCAACUUCGGCUCGGUCCUGCGCCUCUCGCCGUUCCGGUUUGAGGACUUUUGUGCGGCGCUGGCGGGCCAGGAGCAGUGCACCCUGCUGGCUGAGACACACACCGCCCUACUCAAGGCCAUCCUGCGCGAGGAGGACACGUCCAACACCACGUUCGGUCCUGCUGACCUCAAGGACAGCGUCAACUCUACGCUCUACUUCAUCGACGGCAUGACCUGGCCCGAGAUAGUGCGCGCCUACUGCGAGAGUGACCCUGAGUACCGCCAGGUGCUCCCUUUACUGGAGGGCGAGGAGUACCCCUACGAGCCCCUCGAGAGCAAAAUUAAGGUCCUUCAAUUCCUCGUGGACCAGUUCCUGGCCACUAACCUGGCUAGAGAAGAGUUGAUGUCGGAGGGGGUGGUGGCGUAUGACGACCACUGCAGAGUGUGCCACCGGCUGGGGGACCUCCUCUGCUGUGAGACGUGCUCGGCCGUCUACCACCUGGAGUGCGUGAAGCCGCCGCUGGUGGAGGUACCCGAGGACGAGUGGCAGUGCGAGGUGUGCGUGGCACACAAGGUGCCCGGCGUGGUGGACUGUGUGACGGAGGCGCAGAAGAGCCGGCCAUACAUCCGCCAGCUGCCAAUCGGCUAUGACCGUCACCGCCGCAAGUACUGGUUCCUGGACCGCCGCAUCGUGGUUGAGGAGGACGGCGAGCAGGAGGACAAGACCAUCUGGUACUACAGCACCAAGGUGCAGCUGGCUGAGCUGAUCGACUGCCUGGACAAGGGCUACUGGGAGGCCCACCUGUACGCCACGCUGGAGGAGAUCAGGGACGAGGUGCACACGCACAUGGACAUCACCGAGGAGCUCACCAACAAGGCCCGCGGCGUCAACAAGUGCUUCCUCACCGCCGCCAACGAGGAGAUCCUGAACCGGCUGAGGGCCAAGCAGGAGCAGGAGCUGGAGGAGGUGAAGCGCCGGGCGGCAGAGGAGAGAGAGAAGGCGGAGGCGCAGAAAACUCUCCGGAAGGAGGAGGAGACGGAGGGGGGAGAGCCAAAGGAGAAGACUGAUGACCUAGAGAAGAAGGGAGAGAAGGAGGGAGCAGGGGAGGGUAAGGCUGAGAAGGACAAGGACAAGGCGACCAAAGAGGGGACCACCAUUACAGCCGAGCUGGCUCCUUCUACUGGUGAGGGCUCCAUCCCUGAGGGGAGUAAUCCUGAUCUCCCGGCUCCACAACCCAUCCUCCCCGCAACAGAGGCCCCCAGCCCUGUUGUGGGGGUGCAAGACCUCCCUACCGGGGCCCGAGAGCCUGGGGACGAGGCCAAAACCAACAUGGAGGGCGUGCAGGAGGCAGAAGAGAAGGCAGGUUCUGAGUCUAUCUCUCCCAGGGGAGAGGGGGUCCCCAGCCUGAGCCAGCCCCCUCAUCCCAGUGGUGAGGAGAACAGUAACAGCAGCACCAUUGCCAGGGAGGCCCCCAGGGUCCCGGAGGAGCCCGACCUGGCCGACAGGUCCUCUCAGUCCUCUAUCAACAGCCAGGACGAGCAGGGGGUUAACGGCGAGGCCGGUGGAAAGCGGUCGGCAGUCACUCCGGGAGGCCGCAUGGUGACCCGCCUGCGUAACCCGGAGAGUAAGCUGAGCCAGCUGAAGAGCAAGAAGGUGGAGGAAGCUGUGAACGAGGCCAACAAGGGCUACAAGGAGGGCAAAGAGGUGCUGGUGGUGACCCCGGCAGGCGACGUGUCACGACUCAGCACCCGCAGCCUAACAAGCAAGGAAGUGGUGAUGAAGGGCACACUCAGCCACUUCUUCAAGCUGGGCCAGGAGGGCAAGUACCGCGUCUACCACAACCAAUACAGCGGAAAUACGCUGGCCCUCAACAAGCCCCAGCACCGCGAGGACCUGGACAAGCGGCGACACCUCUCGCACAAGUUUUGCAUGACGCCAGCAGGCGACUUCAAGUGGAACGGCUCCAUCCACGGCUCCAAAGUGCUGACCAUCUCCACGCUGCGCCUCACCAUCAUCCAGCUGGAGACCAACGUGCCCGCACCCUUCAUGCACCCCAACUGGGCCUCACACCGGAACAACUGGAUUAAGGCGGUGCAGAUGUGCAGUAAGGCCAGGGAGUUUGCCCUGGCCAUGGCCAUCUUGGAGUGUGCCAUCAAACCUGUGGCCCUGCUCCCUGUCUGGAAGGACUCUCUGGGACACACUAGGCUACACCGUAUGACGUCCAUGGAGCGGGAGGAGAAGGAGAAGGUAAAGAAAAGGGAGAAGAAGCUGGAGGACGAGGAGACCAUGCAGCAGGCCACCUGGGUCAAGUACACCUUCCCCAUCAAGCACCAGGUGUGGAAGCAGAAGGGAGAGGAGUAUCGCGUGACGGGCUGGGGCGGCUGGAGUUGGAUCAGCAAGACGCAUGUGCACCGCUUCCUGACCAAGCUGCCCGGCAACACCAACGCCAACUACCGCACCGAGCUGGAAGCUGCCAGACGUGGCGAGAAAUGCAACUUGCUGGACUUGGGUCCAAGGCCAAGGUUGUUCAAAACUGUAGUUUCAGAACCCCAGGGAAGCAGAAGACCCGUAGAGAAAGAUGGGGGUGCUAACCACUACCACCCCAGAGCCCUCAGCAGACCGCCUGUCGGGAGAGAAGACGAUGGAAAAGCCAGAACCUGCAGCAGCCCAGGGACCGAGACGGAGACAACGUCCGUGAGGCAGGAGCUCGGUGAGGGGAAUGCAAGGCCCUUCAACUACGACGUGGUGGACGUGGCCCAGGGCUUCCUGAUGCGCGUGGCCUACAAGAAGAAGGUCAAGGCCUCCAAGCUGGACGGUCUGCUGGAGCGGCGCGUCAAGCAGCACGCACUGGAGGAGAAGCAGAGGGCUCAGGUCUCCCUGGCCAAGCCUACCCCAGUGAAGACCACCCCGGCCCUGCCGCAGACCCCACUCCAGCCCCAAACUCCGACCCAGGCCCAGAGUCCCACAGUGAAAUUGGAGUUCAGCACCCCUUCGGUGCCACCUGCGCUUGCUCCAUUGUCAGUCAAAGGGGAGGUGCAGGCGGGCCCUUCAAAGACCGCUGAGGGGUUCCCUCACCCAGCCACAGCGACCCCAGCCAAAGAGCCUGCAGCUGAAGCAUUCCCUAGGACACAAAACCAAAUGACCCCCCAGAAACAGGAGGGAAACCUCCCUGAGAGGACUAUAGGGCCCACAGGGGUCGGUUCAGGGCAGGAAGGCCUUAAAAGGCCCAGCAGCACAGCAGAACCAAUGGAAACUCAGAGUUCGGGUGGGAUCCACUACACUGGUAGACCAUCAGAGUCUUCCAGCGACAAGCCCACUUCCACCGAGGGUGCAGGACCUGAAGUGGCCAUUUUUAAACCACACUCCACAACGAUUUCUCCAAGCACUAUAACCCAGGAGGGCAGCCAUAGUGCAACUACUGUUCCUAAUCCCCCCCAGCAAAGCACAGAGAAGAACGGGAAGGGGCCCGAGCAGAGGCAGGGCAAUGGACAGAGCAUCACUGAGGCCAUCGCCACUGGGUCCCAGCACUCCUCUCUACCUCAGAUCAAUGGAAAUGACAGCGUGGAGGCUAAAGCCUUGACCAACUCUUUACUAACUCCUAACGAGCCCUCCAACGUUCACACUAACAGCUCUGAGGUCAAAGUGAACAGCCUAGGCAAGGCGGAGGGAGAGGGUCAAGUAGGCUCUACCCAUAAGCCCUUGCUCAACGGCAAUGUGGCCCCUGUAGCCGAGAGGACUGGGCCGGACAGCACGGAACCAAGGCCGGCUCCAAGGGUAGAGGUGGAGAGCAAGGUCAUAGUGUCGGUGCAGGACUGCCAGCCCCCGGUGAAGGUGGCCGGGCUGGAAAACAACAUGGAGGCGCUCGGAUCUACGACCACCCAGAGCACCCAGCAGCUUAACAACACCCAGCCCAUGGAAGUUAAGCUCGAUGCUGCCACGCCCAACAAAAUGUCCCCCUCGUCGGUGCGCUCUGCGGAGGAGAGCAGCAACAGUGGGGUGGGAUCCCUCUGUAAGACCAUACUCACCCAGGUAACCACCACAACCACCACGGUAUCCACAGAGUCUCGGCUAACGGCGGGGGUCUCAAGCUCUUUGGGGACGACGCCCGCGCCCAUUGUCUCAACCACCGAGAGCAGCGCGGUGUCCACACUCACCACCAUGACCAAAACCACCGUGACCAAAAUGCGCUCACCCACGCCCGACAGCCAAUCGGACGAGAGCCACAGCGAAACGGUGACCGAGUACAAGACCACGCUCAUCGCCGCCCACAAGGAGUCCUCUCGUUCAACCUCCUCUGUUUCGGGGGUCGUGACCUCGACGACCUCCACCAAGGGCCGCGUUCGCCUCCUCAAGUUCUCGCGCACCAAGAAGACGCGCUCGGGAACCGCCUUGCCAUCCUACCGCAAGUUUGUUACCAAGAGCCAGCGUAAGAGCAUUUUUGUCCUGCCCAACAACGACCUGAAGAAGCUGGCACGGCGGGGUGGCAUCCGGGAGGUGUCCAUCUUCAGCUACAACGCCAAGCCGGCCCCGGACAUCUGGCCCUACCCCUCGCCCAGACCCACCUAUGGCAUCACAUGGAGGUACCGUCUCCAGACAGUGAAGUCCCUGGCAGGAGUCAGUCUGAUGCUGAGGCUACUGUGGGCCUGUCUGAGGUGGGACGACAUGGCCGUCAAGCCCUCCGCCGCUGUAGGCACCACGCGCACAGAGACCUCCGAGACGGAGAUCACCACCACAGAGAUUAUCAAGCGCCGCGACGUGGGGCCCUACGGCAUCCGCUCGGAAUACUGCAUCCGCAAGAUCAUCUGCCCCCUCGGCACUCCCGAGACCCCGAAAGAGACCCACACGCCACAGAGGAAAGGCCUGCGCUCCAGCAACCUGCGGCCCAAGAAGCCGGAGCCCAAAAAGGAAACUGGGCCGGUGGUGAUUGAGUCCUGGGUGGCCGAGGAGGAGCUGGAUCUCUGGGAGAUCAGGGCCUUCUCCGAGAGGGUUGAGAAGGAGAAAGCCCAGGCGGCGGAACAGGCCAAGAAGCGUCUGGACCAGAAAACGGGCACUGGCUCUACCACCGUCACCACCACGGGGAGCCCAGCCACCCCAGCUUCCACCCCCAAGGUAGUGACCCUAUCGGGCCAGGCCACCCCCGGAACCAAAGUGGUACUGGCUACCAAGGUGGGCACCCCCAUCACCUUCCAGCAGAACAAGAACUUCCAGCAGUCGUUUGCUUCCUGGGUCAAGCAGGGGCAGCCCAGUGGAGCCUCACCGGGCACGGUGGCCACGUCGGCCGGACAGACUUUCCAGAUCACGGGCACGUCCAUGGGGGGCAAGGUGCUCACCGCCAAGCUACCGCUGCCCGCCAACAGCAAGAUUGUCACUGUCAACGUGCCAACCACUCAAGGAGGUAUGAUUCAGAAGCAGGUGCUCGGCAUCAUUCCCUCAAGCCAAGCUGGCGGCGCCCAGACCUUUGCCUCGUUCCAGCCUCGCACCACAACCAUAAACAUCAGGCCGGGCAUGCCAGGCUCACCACAGCAGGUGCUCACCGCUGGAGGCCAGAUCCGUCCGGGGAUGACCGUGCUCCGCACCCCCAUCCAUCAGACAGGCGCCAUGGGUAAAACCAUCCUCCGAACCCCCCUCGUGGUGCAGCAAGGUCAGGCGGGCCAGCAGGUGGUGACCCAGAUCAUCCGGGGGCAGGCCGUGUCCACGGCCAUCUCAGGUGCCAGCCCCGUCACCACCGUGGCCGGACAGAGGGUGGGCAGUGCCCCCAAAACCCCGGGCCAGCCCAUCACGGCCCAGACACCACAGCAGCGGGUACAGCAGGGCCAGGGCCAGGUCAAACUCACCCUGGCUCAACUCACCCAGCUCACCCAGAAGCAGCAGAGCCAGGCAGUAGAGCGGCCAGGCGGCGGGGCCCAGGGCCUGACGGUGAUGAUCCAGGGCCAAGGCCAGGCCACGGGCCAGCUGCAGGUCAUCCCCCAGGGGGUCACGGUCAUCCCCGGGCCCGGUCAACAGCUCAUGCAGGCGGCCAUGCCCAACGGCCAUGUCCAACGCUUCCUCUUCACCCCCAUGGCCCCUGCCGCUACCCCAACCUCCACAGCCCCCACCGCCCCGGGCCAGACCACCAAGACCCCUGCCCAGCCCGCCCAGCAGGCUGCAGCUCCCAUCCAGGCUGGCGCCGCCCUGGCCACCAGCACCCCCCCAUCCGCCACCCCCCAGGGCCAACUCCCCUCCCAGACCCAGGCCCACAUGCCCAUCCAAUCCCCCACCCCCCUCCAGGUCAAGUCCCUCAAACACCCCCCCGGCACCCCCACGGGCCGGCCGCAGCAGACCCUCCAGCUCCAGGGCUCCCCCCACCAGCUCAUCACUGUCCCGGGCCUCCAGCAACAGGUCCAGGUCCUGGCUCAGCUCCAGGCCCAACAGGGGACCUCCGGAGGCUCGCUCCCCCAGCAGAUGAAGCUCCAGCUUCCCAUCCAGAUCCAGCAACCCGGGGUCGGUGGAGCCCAGCCUGGAGGUCCGAUCCAGAACGUGGUGGCCAUCCAGACGGCCAGCGUGCAGGAGCAGCUCCAGAGGAUCCAGCAGCUGAGGGAGCAGCAGCAGCAGAAGAAGAGGCUGGCGGCCGAGGCCAAGCGGGAGCAGGCGCUGGCGGCGGCCAGCCAGAGCGACAUCAUCCAGAAACAGGUGGUGAUGAAGCAGAACGCGGUGAUCGAGCACCUCAAACAGAAGAAGCCCAUGUCCCCCGCCGAGAGAGAGGAGAACCAGAGGAUGAUUGUGUGCAACCAGGUGAUGAAGUUCAUCCUGGACAAGAUCGACAAGGACGAGAAGCAGGCGGUCAAGAAGAGGAAGAAGGAGGAAGCAGGCGAGCAGAAGAGGACCAAGGCCAACGCCACCAAGCUGUCGUCGCUGCUCUGCCGGCACAAGGAGACGCUCAAGGCCGAGAUCCUCAAGAAGAGAGCCCUGCUGGACAAGGAGCUGCAGCUGGAGACGCAGGAUGAGCUGAGGAGGGACCUCACCAAGCUGCGACGGGACAAGGAAAGGGCCCAGGCCGUCGCCCACCAGGCGGCAGCCACCGCCGCACACACGCAUCACGCCCAGCACGCCCUGACACACACCUCCCAACUCAACCCGGCGGCCUUCGCCCACAAGCGGAAGCGGGAGGAGGAGAGGGACGCGGCGUCGACGGCCAACGCCAAGAAGAAGAAGAUGAUCGCUACCUCAGACAGCAAGAAGGAGACCAAGCUCUACUGUGUCUGCAGAACGCCCUACGACGAGUCCAAGUUCUACAUUGGCUGUGACCUGUGCACCAGCUGGUACCACGGCGAGUGUGUGGGCGUCACCGAGAAGGAGGCCAAGAAGAUGGACGACUACAUCUGCAGCGAGUGCAAGCGGGCCCAGGAGGGAAAGACCGAGGAGCUCUACUGCAUCUGCCGAACGCCCUACGACGAAGCACAGUUCUACAUCGGCUGCGACCGCUGCCAGAACUGGUACCACGGCCGUUGCGUGGGCAUCCUGCAGAGCGAGGCCAACCACAUCGACCAGUAUGUGUGUCCGCAGUGCCAGUCCACAGAGGACGCCAUGACCGUGCUCACGCCGCUCACCGACAAGGAUAACGAGGGGUUAAGGAGAAUCCUGCGCUCCUUACAGGCUCACAAAAUGGCGUGGCCGUUCCUGGAGCCGGUGGACCCGAAUGACGCCCCAGACUACUACGGAGUCAUUAAGGAACCAAUGGACCUUUCUACGAUGGAGGAGCGGUUGCAGAAGCGCCACUACAUCAGGCUGACGGAGUUCGUGGCGGACAUGACCAAAGUCUUCGACAACUGCCGAUACUACAACCCGAGCGACUCGCCGUUCUACCAGUGCGCCGAGGUCCUCGAGAACUUCUUCGUCCAGAAGCUAAAAGGGUUCAAAGCCAGCAGGUCUCAUAACAACAAACUGCAGUCUACAGCCUCUUAGAAUACACAGACUGCACUCCUUCUAAAGAUUACUGUCAAAAUGGCUGCCAAUGUGGUUCCCCCUGAACACUCAUACUCCAAUGGGGAAGCCAGGCUACUACUUACCUGUCCCCACACACCACACCUGUCGGACUUCGGAGUGGGAGUCACACCCCCUGUUUAAAACCAGCACACGCUCCUGGAAGAUCGUAGCCGACGCGUGCUUCAGGCCGAACGGCCUUGGUACCAAACCGGAUGAGCCCUCGCCGCUCCUCAACCACCUCUAUGGCCGUGGAAAGAGAAGAGACUGGCAGUGGAAGGCUCCAUUAUCCAAACCCUUAGUGUUCAUGAUGGGUGAUACCACAUCCCCAACAAACAGGGGGAGGGAGGCUCAGACUUUCAGUUCACAGCCUGGUUCCUUCCCUUCAAACCACUUCCGAUCUGGUGUAUGAAAUGGAGGGAUGGCGGGAGAAAACCCCCCUGAACUCAAGCUAAUGGGCUGUUCAAGGGUAGUACAAAACACGGCAGCAGUAGACUCUUUUCAAGUUGUUAAUUCCUUAACUAAUCUCACAUCUCUUUUGUAUCAGUUAUUCUUCCUUCCCUGGGGUCAACUCCCAUUUCAGACUGUGUAUGUUCCAAAUGUCACACUAUUCCCUAUAUAGUGCACUACUUUUGACCAGAGCCAUAUGGGUCUUGGUUUAAAAGUUGUGCUCUGUAAAAGGAAUAGGGUGCCAUUUGGGAUGACAACCACUGACAUUUUCCAGCUGUCUCUGCUUCCUCAUCCAAAAUGGGUCUAAAUAGCACACACACACCUGUCUGGCUGCUUGUGUUUGGAACGAGCUGAUCCUAGAUCAUUGUGAACCCACAUGGUGCCACCUUGAAGAUGUAUGUGCCCUGUCCUCCAAACAGGCCAUAGAGAGUCCAAGUUACCAUUUCUAUGUAAUGUCUCAAUGUGGAAAUGGUAUCCUGUUUGUAAAACCUUGUUUUUUCAGAUGUUGAACCUCUGUUUUUCUUUAUGUUACCACCUAAGGCGGGAAUAUUGGUGUAUAUGAAACAACAGCCGACAUUGAGAAAACAAGCUCUAUUUCUCGCCAUGUAGAGGCUUCUCGAAAAUGUUUAAUUGAAGACAUUCAACCGAUGAAAACAAGAAAAGCUCUCCAAAUCCUUCCACAGGAAAAUAACCGAGGAUGGACUUGGAGAAUGUGAAAACCGUUAAAGGGCAUAUUUAACUUAAGUGUACUGACCAUCCACACCGCAAUCCCCCCCCCUCUCUCCCCCAAUAUUUUGUCAAGAAGGUUGGAUCAUAUGCAUCUCUCAACUCAUAGGCCCCCUAUAAAGGAUUAAGUCAAAUGCUUUAUAGUUUUCCACUGCAUCAAGUAAACAUGUUGUGGUCUAGAACAGUAAAUCAGGAAGUCAACCUUCGUUGGAGAAUCUUCAUACUAAGUUGGGGUUUGUAUGAAGAUUUCUUUAGGAACUCUUGGCCAUUUUGAUCAUAUUUGGAACUCUUCUGUAAUAACUGUGUCGAGGCAGUACUGUUUGUUGGGGGGAGAACAUUUUUGGAGUUGUCAUUGGUGCUCUUAGUUAACAUCUUAAAGAUCGACUUAAGAGUGGGGGGGGGCUUAGGUUUGAAGAGGGGUUGGGGUAAAUUUCAAUUUUGGAAGUGAACUGAAAUUCCCAUUUUCAUUGGAAUUUCAGUUUACUUCCUGAAUUGAAAUGGAAAUAACCGAAACCCUGGUUUGAAGUGCCAACAACUUUUUCGGAGGUGGACUGAGUUGAGAGAUGAGGUGACCGAAGCCUGUUUGUCAGUCCUAUUCACUGACCUGUUUGCAUUUCAAACCAUGCACUCCAGUUUCUAUUCUUACAUGCAUCGUUCACCAUUUGUAUUUCAUGUUGUAUAAUAUGGCUGUCAAUAAACAGAGAUUUUAGAGAUUUUUAUAGCAUUAGUACUUUUAUUUUGGACCAUUUUAACCAGCAACUAAGCCUACCUGUAGAUUCAAUAGAUAUUCUCUAUCUUUUGUCAUAGUGGACUCUGCAUUUAGUUAAAAUUGCCCUUUAUAUUAAAAGUGCUGCAUAUUGUGUGCAUAUUGAUUUAAAACGGGCGGGGAAUGUUAACUCCUUUUGAAGAGUUUUUUUUUUUUUAAAUUUAAAGAACCAACCAGUUCUACACAUCUCUUAAUAACUUCAUCACAAUAUCUGUUAUUUAUUCAUAUCGCUGAAAAUAUUUCAUUUUUUUAGUAAAUGUAAGAGGAAACAUAACUGGGGGAAAAUACUAUAUGUUUUUAACAGAUUGUGUCAACUCUUAUGAGAUCCUUUUUUGUACUUGAUAGGACAUUUCAUCCUAGAUAAUAAAGUCAUGUUUUGACAUCAAUUGUC